UCUAGGGGUUCCAAUCUUUUUUUUUCUUGCCUUUAGUCAAAGCCAAAGAUCCAUUCUCAACAUCGAUGAAUUAAGUGUUGCGAUUGACAUUGCGAAGUCGCAACCAUGGAGGCACAAACGCAUAAGCCUCAUCGCAAGUCAAAAGAGAAGAAGCAGCAGACUGGAGAUCGCAAUCCAAAGGCCUUUGCUUUUUCUAGGCCCGGGAAGCUUCAACGCGCUGCUGCUAGGUCGCACGAUAUUAAAGAAAAGCGACUUCAUGUUCCCCUCGUCGAUCGAUUACCAGACGAACCUCCACCGAGAUUAGUAACGAUUGUUGGACCGCCUGGUGUUGGAAAGACGACAUUGUUAAAGUCGCUUAUCCGAAGAUAUGCGAAAGAGACAAUUACGGACCCUCAGGGGCCCAUCACCGUGGUCACAUCGAAGAAACAACGGUUGACGUUUCUCGAAUGCCCGAACGAACUUGAGGCCAUGGUGGACUUGGCCAAGGUUGCUGAUAUUGUCCUGUUGAUGAUCGACGGAAACUAUGGUUUUGAAAUGGAAACUAUGGAGUUCCUAAACAUCCUGGCUGCAACGGGUAUGCCCGGCAACGUGUUCGGCGUUCUGACCCAUCUAGACUUGUUCCGAAAACCACAAGCUUUGAAGGAUGCGAAAAAGAGAUUAAAACACAGAUUAUGGAGUGAGCUAUACCAAGGCGCGCACCUAUUCUACCUUUCCGGUGUCAUCAAUGGUCGUUAUCCGGAUCGCGAAAUCCACAACCUUUCUCGUUUCCUCUCCGUCAUGAAGAACCCCCGGCCGUUAGUAUGGAGAAAUACACACCCUUACACGAUUAUUGACAGCUUUCGAGAUGUUACGCAUCCUACUCAGAUUGAAGAGGACGAUAAGUGCGAUCGUUCGAUUGCGCUCUCAGGUUAUCUUCGAGGAACUAAUUUUUCGGGUCAUAAUCAACGUGUUCAUAUUCCCGGUCUUGGCGAUUUCACAAUAUCGAGUAUUGAGGCGUUACCUGAUCCAUGUCCGACGCCAGCAAUGGAACAAGCCAUUGCAAAAGCUACUGGCAAGACCGGCAGAAGGCGAUUAGACGAAAAGGAAAAGAAACUACACGCUCCUAUGUCAGAUCGGAGUGGCCUGAAAAUUGAUGGUGAUGCUAUCUGGAUCACUAGAGACAAGGGCUUCAAUUUUGACAAGGAUGCCGAAGAUGUGGAGCGUGGUGAGGGUGAAGAGCUUAUUAUUGGACUUCAAGGAGAAAGACGACUGUUAGGUGAAACAGAAGACGGUCUACAACUCUUUCGAGAUGACGAUAAGAUAACAAACAUCCCCGAGGAAGAAGAUACUGGAAGAAAGAAUCAGCGAUCUGUGAGGUUCGCUGAAAGGGACGAAGACGAAGAUGAGGUCCCCGACGAUGAAGGCUUCGUCAGCGGAGAGGAUGAAUUCAACUCUGACGAAGAACCCGAAUUUAAUGAAAAGAAGCUGGGAAAAAUGUUCAAAGAGUCGGACAAAAAUGGUGCCGAAGAGGACAUCGCUUUCGCCGACAGUGACUCGGACCUGGGCUCUAUAUCAGGUGAUGAAAUUGAUGAGGACAAUGACUCCGAGGACGAUGAAGGGGACGAAUACGACGACGAAGAAGAGUCUGCUCUUAGGUGGAAAGAUAACUUAGCCGGAAAAGCGCAAAUGCUUCAUGGCGGUCGACCAUCUUACAGAACAGCAGAUUUGGCGCGUCUAAUGUACGACGAAGCCUUAACGGCUGACGAAGUACUGCAGAGAUGGAAAGGUGAAGUUGAAGCUGAAGACUCGGAAGAGGACAUCGAAGACUCCGAGGAUGAGGAUUUCUUCAAAAAGGCAAAGCAUGACGAAGAUGCGGCCUCGGAAGACCGUUCCGUCCCUAUCUACGAUUACGACCAAUUGGCAACGAAAUGGUCACUAGACGACAAUAUUGAACAACUUCGUCAACGAUUCACAACAGCCACUUUGGGCGGAGAUAAUGAUGACGAAGAUGGCUUCGAUGGAUUUGAUGAAGACGAAGAUGAUGAAGAUGACGAGGGAGAUGGCGAAUUCGAGGACCUUGAAACAGGUGAACAACACAAGGCUGAGCAUGAGCUCGAACCCACAGAAAGCUUAGAAGCAGAACGUGAAAGAAAUGCCCGGAGAAAAGAGGAGUUAAAGCUUCGAUUCGAAGAGGAAGACCGUGAAGGCUUCCAGAAUGACAAGGCUAUAGCCCGACGCGAGGGUGGUGAGGAAGAAGAGUUUGGUGAAGACGAUUGGUACGAUGCACAGAAGGCCCUCAUUCAAAAACAACUCGACAUAAAUAAUGCUGAGUUUGAAGCUUUGGAUGAGAGGCAAAGAGCCGCAGUCGAAGGUUUUAAGGCUGGAAGGUAUGCCAAAAUCGUGAUUGAGAAGGUCCCAGCAGAGUUUGUCACAAACUUCAAUGCACGGAUACCUAUUAUAGUCGGCGGUGUGCUUGCGACAGAAGACAGGUUUGGAUAUGUCCAAGUCCGUAUCAAGCGACACCGAUGGCAUAAGAAGAUCCUCAAAACGAACGACCCCCUUAUCUUUUCGCUCGGGUGGAGAAGGUUUCAAUCGCUCCCGAUUUACAGCAUCUCGGAUUCGCGGACGAGGAAUCGCAUGUUGAAAUAUACACCAGAGCACAUGCAUUGCUUUGGUACAUUCCACGGACCACUCAUCGCACCAAACACGGGAUUUGUAUGCUUCCAAUCAUUUUCCUCCGCCAAUCCAGGCUUCCGGAUCGCUGCUACCGGUACGGUUCUCUCGGUGGAUGAAUCCACAGAAAUCGUCAAGAAACUCAAACUUACUGGAGCGCCGUACAAAAUCUUCAAAAACACAGCAUUCAUCAAGGACAUGUUCAAUAGCUCACUUGAGAUCGCCAAGUUUGAAGGUGCUGCGAUUAAAACCGUGUCCGGCAUCCGCGGUCAGAUCAAGAGAGCCUUGUCCAAACCAGACGGACACUUCCGUGCUACCUUUGAGGAUAAAAUUUUAAUUAGUGAUCUAGUAUUCCUUCGGGCGUGGUAUCCUAUCAAGCCACACCGCUUCUAUAACCCCGUUACCAACCUUCUCGGCGAUUGGAAGCCCAUGAGGCUAACGGGCGAGGUACGGCGAGACCAGAAUAUUCCGACGCCUCAGGAUCGCAAUAGUCGGUAUAAGCCCGUAGAGCGGGCGACUCGACACUUUAACCCACUAAAGGUCCCAAGAGCACUUGCCGCGGAACUUCCGUUUAAGUCACAAAUUGUACAAAUGAAACCCCAACGACGUAAGACAUACUUACAAAAACGUGCGGUAGUAUUAGGUGGGGAGGAACGGCGCGCGCGCGACCUACUGCAAAAGCUUACGACUAUCCGCAAGGAUGCGGCUGAGAGGAGACGUGCUAAGAAAGAAGAAAAGCGUGUUGAGCAUCGGAAGCGGGUCGAGGAGGGGGAGGAAAAGAAGCAGGCACGUGAACGUCGUGAGAAACAGGAGUAUUGGAGGAGGGAAGGACGGAAGAGGAAAGGUGAUGACGAAAGUGGGGGCGGGGGGAAGAGGAGGAGGUAAAAGCGAAGAAGCGGCCGGGCGUCCUUCGUAAAUGAAAAGAAGGCAAGCUGCGAUGAUAACGAGUAGUUUUCUUGUUAUAAUAAUGCAAGUAAGACCAGCUGACACAAAUUCGCCGAUAUUUACACUCGGUAGCGAUUCUAGUCGAGCUAGACUUCCACAUCUUGAGAGAUUCGCCAACCAUAGGACCUCAUUAAAGUUCUAGAGAGACAGUAUU